AUAAACUCUUACUCACACCAGAAUCAUAUCUUUUAUAAAAUUUUGUUUCUUCGCUCAGUAUCUUUGUUUCUAACCCACUAUAUACUAGUGAUACUCUAGAGGCAAUGUCCGGCCAAUCUUUCUAAAUUAAUCCCAUCGUUACCCUAGUCAUUCAUUUCAAACCAUAGAGAGAUUCCAUUCUUGCCCCCACGUCCUUGCGAUUUUCCUUUCUUAAGAAACCUCCAUCCACCCUUUCUCUUUUCUCCCGCUUUCUCAUUUUCCGACUCAGCUUUACUCCUUCUGAUAACCCACUCUUAUCCCGAAACCCACGUCACGUAAGUGGUCGUGUUAUCCUCGACGAUGGCAGCUGCGGAGGGGCUAGAGCCAAAACAGGCGGGAGCUAUCGAGUCGGCGACGGAGGACCAGUCACCGGGAGAACUGAUUAAUGCAUCCGGGCAUCGUCAGGAGCUCGACCGAAACUUCAGUUUGUUAAGUAUUUGUGCCGUGGCUGUUACGACUGGAAACACAUGGAUCGCACAAGGAGGCAGUGUGGUCACUGCUCUGAGUAAUGGGGGGCCAUCAGGUGUUAUUUAUGAAUUCAUUGCUGUGUCGGUCUGCUACUGGUUAGUGGCGGCCUCAAUCGCGGAACUAGCAUCGGGAAUGCCGUCGGCUAGUGGUGUGUACCACUGGGCCUCUAUCACAGCGGGAAAGUAUGGCCGUGCAUGUGGUUUCUUCGCUGGCUUCUGGAAUUGUCUGGCCUGGAUCCUUGGUGCAGCUUCUAUGUCUGCUAUUCUGGGACAGCAGACUGUCUCCAUGUAUGCUCUGAUGCAUCCCGGAUUUGUCCCCCAGUCGUGGCACAUAUUCGUCAGUUUUAUUAUCUGUACAUGGCUUUGCUGCGCUAUCGUCCUUUUCAUGAAUCGGAUACUCCCACAUAUCGGCAACCUUGGAAUGUUCUUCAUCCUCGCGGGUGUGUUCAUUACAAUCAUUGUCUGUGCUGUUAUGCCCCAUGUGAACGGUACUGGCUACGCAUCAGAUUCGGACGUGUGGCGUACUUGGCAAAAUGGUACCGGAUAUUCUAGUGAGGGCUUUGUCUUCGUUGCCGGAAUGCUCAAUGGUGCUUACAGCGUGGGUACGCCUGACUGCUCAACCCAUCUUGCAGAGGAGAUCCCCAGACCGAGUCGGAACAUUCCCAAGGCCGUCCUCGCCCAGAUGACGGUCGGUUUUAUUACCGGCGUCCUCUACAUGAUUGCAUUGUUCUACUCGAUCACAGAUCUAGAUGCAGUUAUCUCAAGCGUCUAUGGUUUCCCUCUCGCCGAAAUCUAUCAUCAGGCGACGGGGUCUAGGGGUGGCGCCCUUGGUUUACUCAUUGUGGCUUUUCUUCCAACCGUUAUUACAUGCGCCGGCUGCUAUAUCACUGCCGGUCGUACACUGUGGACCAUCUCCCGCGAUAAAGCGACCCCGUUCUCCGGCUGGCUUGCGCGCAUCAACAGCCGUAUGCACAACCCUUUCAAUGCUACUCUUGUUUGUGGUGUGAUCGUCACGAUCCUUGCCUGCAUCUAUGUCGGCUCUACCACCGCCUUCAACGCUUUCGUCGGCUGCUUCGUGCAAUUGUCUAGUCUUUCCUACUGCGCCGCCAUUCUUCCACACCUUUUGACUCGUCGUUCUACAUUCGCCCCGGGGUAUUUCUGGAUGGGGCGCAUUGGCUAUCUCAUUAACGCCUUGUCCUGCAUUUACAUUCUCGCUUUUGUCGUGAUCUUCUGCUUCCCGUAUGCUUUGCCUACCGACGCGGCUUCCAUGAACUACGCUAGUCUGAUGACCGGAGGAUUGACAAUUUUUGUGACCAUCUGGUGGCUCUUCCGGAUGAAAUCCUAUGAAGGACCGAAAUUCGUCCCUCUGACAGACAAGGUGCUGAUGGAUGACGCUAAAUAAGCACUACUCUUCUUUAAAGAGUGAGCGCUCGCGAGAGAUAUCGAACAUACUAGAUGUCUGAAUAAAUGGCUCACACUCGCUACAGUCUGCAUACCCUUACGACUCGUAUAUUUUCUUAAGAUUUAAUUCGGACAAAAAUAAGGCUGUUGGUCUAGUUCUAUGAAUGAUAUGUAUUAAUCUCAGCUUGCUUUGUGUUCU